AUGAAUUUUGAUUGUGAUGGAACAAUUAGGUCUAAAAAUUUGGAUAUAGGGCUUGCUCGUGAGGUGUUUGCUGCUGCGAUUGUUGAACAUGAUUGUCCAUUUGCAUUUGCUGAAUAUCUUGGUUUUAGGAAAUACCAUAAAUUACUCAAUCCUGAUGCUCUAAUUAUUUCUAGAAAUACUCUUGUUUCUUACAUUAACAAGUUAUAUUUGAAGGAGAAAUAUAAAUUUAAACAAGUGUUGACUAGUAUUCCAAAUAGGAUUUGCUUGACUUCUGAUUUAUGGACUGCUUGUACUACUGAAGGAUACAUAUGCUUGACUGGCCAUUUUGUUGAUGAGAAAUGGAAACUAAAUAGUAAAAUACUUGCUUUUGAUAAGAUGCCUCCUCCACACACUGUUUUUGAAUUGGCACAAAAGAUAUAUGAAAUCUUGAAGGAUUGGGGGAUUGAAAAAAGUUUGUUGUGUAAUGGAGAGUUUUUUCAUAUUCGUUGUUCAACUCAUAUUUUGAAUUUGAUUGUCCAAGAAGAUUUAAAAGCUGCUACCCACACUUUGCAUAGAAUUAGAGAAUCUACGAAAUAUGCAAAAAGUACUGAAAGUGGGAUAAAAAAAUUUCAAGAGUGUGUGGUUGAAGUUGGUAGCAUUGAUACCUCAAUUGGCUUACGAUUAGAUAUGCCAAUUUGUUGGAACUCUACGUAUUUGAUGUUCGACAGUGCUACUAGAUAUAAAAAAGUUUUUAGUCUUCUCCAGUUGAAAGAUAAGAAUUUUAAGGUUUACCCUUCAAAUGAAGAAUGGAAAAGGGGUGAAAGAUUGUGUGCUUUCUUUAAGCCGUUUUAUGAGAUGACUAACUUGAUUUCUAGUUCUUCUUAUCCUACAUCAAAUGUGUACUUUUUGCAAGUUUGGAAAAUUGAAAGGUUGUUGAAAGAUGGUUUAAGUGAUGAAGACACAUUGAUGAGUGCGAUGUGUAAAAGGAUGUUAGGAAAAUUUGACAAAUAUUGGAGUGAAUAUAGUGUAGUGCUUGCUUUUGGUGUUGUUCUUGAUCCACGGUUUAAGUUUAAAGUGUUGGAGAAGCUGCUAAGGUUGAGACAAAUCCUACUAAAUGCCAAGCAAAUAUUGAGUUGCUUAGAAAAAAAGCUUUACAGGCUUUAUGAUCAAUAUGUGAGUGUCACCGGAUCAAGUUCAUCACAACCAAGUUCUUCAACUAUUAUGCACUCAAGAGUGGAAAGUCAAGUAGUGAAUAAGUACCCCACAAGAUUCUUUAAUGAUAUUCUAGAUGUCAGUGAUGAAAUUGUUGCGCCUGUUGAAAAAUCUGAAUUGGAUCAUUAUUCGGAGCAGCCAUGUUAUGAGAUGAAAUUUUAUUAGGAUUUGGACGUGUUAGAUUAUUGGAAGGGCCUUAUUCAAUGAUAUCCCAUCCUUUCAUCUAUGGCGCAUGAUCUUUUGGCAAUUCCUAUAACUACUGUUGCAUCGGAGUCUGCAUUUUCUAUUAGUGCACGUGUGCUCACAAAAUAUAGAAGUUGUAUGUUGCCUGAAAAAGUGCAAAUAUCUAAUUUGCACUCGUAAUUGGUUGCAUGGUUUUAAUAUGGAUAAUUUAAUAUAUUAUGUUACAUGUUAUAUUAUAUUGAUUUUUUUAA